AUGCCAGUGGAGCGAGAACGCUGGGCGAACAAGUUCGAGUUCGUGCUCGCCUGCGUCGGCCUGUCCGUCGGCUUGGGCAACAUUUGGAGGUUUCCCUACCUCGUCUACGAGAACGGAGGAGCGGCCUUCCUGAUCCCGUAUGUCAUCAUCGUGGCACUCAUUGGCCGGCCGAUGUACUACAUGGAGCUCGUUUUCGGACAGUUCGGUGGCGCUGGCGCCGUCUCGGCCUUCAACGCGAUGCCCCUGGCGCAAGGUGUGGGGCUGUGCAUGCCGUACGCGUGCUUCGGUAUCGCCAUCUACUACAACGUCAUACUGGCGUACGCGCUGCUGUACGCCUACUACUCGUGCUACGAGGUGCUGCCGUGGUCCUUCUGCGACCCGGCCUGGGCCGACGAGAACUGCUACGUGCGAGGCGCCAACGCGCGUGUACCGUGUUCCCGAGUGGACCGCGAGCUCUUCAACACGUUCGAGCACGCCAACUCAACCGAUAAAGACGCCGUGCCGGUCAAGUGGCUAGGUAAGGUGGUCAUGGUGGAAAACAAGACCUACAGGGCGGCCCUCACAAACUGCACCAACGCAACGGAGCCCGCCACGCAGCAGUUCUUCUGGAAACACGUGGUGAACUUGAGCGACGGCAUCGACAACCUAGGCGAGGUGCAGCCGAAGCUCCUGGUCUGUCUGCUGAUCGCCUGGAUCUGCAUCUUCCUGUGCGUCUUUAAGGGUAUCAAGUCGUCUGGCAAGGUGCGCAUGGCAGCCUGUCUCGCUUAG